GCUGGGGGCGGCGAGAGCUGGGGCUGCGCGGGCGGCAGGCAACGGCUGAGGCGGCGGCGGCGGCGUGGGUUGGGCUCGAGCGGGCGGCGGCGCCUCAGACUCCCCGGAACGGGAGCCCACGCGGGCGGGCGCCUGAAACAAAGGGAAGCGGGCGUCCGGGCGCCGCGGGUGGGCGGUCAGUCGGUCAGUGCGGAGCCAGCGAGCGGGUGCCCGCGCAAGCCCCGAGCGCGGCCGGCCGGCGCGGCCUCAGGGCGGGAAGAUGCCGCGCGUCGUGCCCGACCAGAGAAGCAAGUUCGAGAACGAAGAGUUCUUUAGGAAGCUGAGCCGCGAGUGUGAGAUUAAGUACACGGGCUUCAGGGACCGGCCCCACGAGGAACGCCAGGCGCGCUUCCAGAACGCCUGCCGCGACGGCCGCUCGGAAAUCGAUUCAAAAUGCGAAACCAGGUGCCGCGGGCCGGUGCUCGCGGGGAGACGCUUUCCCUGGGGCUCGCCGCGGUGGCGCAUGUCGGCCAACGGAGCACCGCGAGUGGAGCUCGAACCCGAGCCAGACCAAACAAGCGAAGGGCAUUGUUUAGGCGGCGACACCGAAGAAGGGUUCAGGGUAUUUGUAGCAAGCAAACCCCCAUUCGGAAAAAGAACUGGAGCUUCAUUCAAGGCUUUUGUGGCCACAGGAACCAAUCUGUCUCUCCAGUUUUUUCCGGCCAGCUGGCAGGGAGAACAACGACAAACACCUAGCCGAGAGUAUGUCGACUUAGAAAGAGAAGCAGGCAAGGACUAGGACUGGAAGCAAAGAAAAUUGAAAGAACUUCUCCAAAUGUUAAUUAUUUGCCUCUGUUCCUUAUAUUGGAUUCCUUCUUCCAUAUUCUCAACUGAGUUACCUCCUGAAGCAGCUUAGUUCUCGUCCCGUUCAUAUGCAGUUUUGAGGAACUGUAGUUGUAAAGGCUUUAGAGUUAGGCAAAAUUGAGUUAAGUUCUGGCUUCUGCAUUUACUACGAUGUAACUUUGGGCAUGUUGUUUAAUCAUUAUAAUCCUCAGUUGUAAAAUGAGAUUAAUGGGUACUUCCCAGGGUUGCUGUUGAGGGUAACUGAAAUAGUGUAUGUAAAGCGUUUUGACCACUACUGUACUUGUCACAGUUAUCAAAGAAUUUAUUCAUUCAGAAGGUCUUUGUUGAACACCUGUUAUGUGUACUGAGCAUUGUCCUAGGUGUUUGAGAUACAAUCAGUGAACAGAGAUCUUCCUUAAUAGACAAUAUACAUAAUAAGUUACGUAAUAGCUUACAGAGUGACAAUAGCUUUGGGAAAAAGGAAAGGUAUUAUAGGAUAAGGAUGAUCAAUGACCAGGAAGUUUGCAGUUUCAGAUUGAGUGGUCUGGGUAAGGAAGAUCAUACCUGAACCAAGACACACAGGAGGUUAGGGAAUGAUGAGCCCUACAGGGGUUGGGAGUGGAGGAGAGAUGUUCCAGACAAAGGAAACAGCCAUUAUAAAGGGCCCCAGAGUGGCACCCUGUUUUUGAUCAACAGCAAGCAGGCCAUUGUGGCUGGAGUAGACUGUGAAAGAAGUUGUAGUAGAUGAAAUCAGAAAUAACAAUGAGCCAGUUCAUGUGACCAUGGUAGGCCAUUGUAACCACAUGGGAUUUUUAUUCUGAGUGAGAUGGGGAAUAGUUUUGAGUGUUUAGUUUGCUUAUUUUUUAGGGACAGGGUCUUGGUAUGUUGCCCAGGGUGACUCAAACUCCUGGACUCAAGUUAUGCUCUCGGUCAACUUCCGAAGUAGCUGGGAGUAAAGGCAUGCUCCUGCACCUGGCUCAGGCUUUUGAGCAGAUGAAUGAUAUGAUCUACGUUAGGUUUUGACAGACAUGCUAGCUGCUAGGUUAAUAAUAGGUUAUAGGGGGCAAAAGUGAAGCAGGCUAUUGCAGUAAUCUUGGUGAGAGACCAGGGUGGUAGCAGUAGAGGUAGUGAGAAAUGGUCAUAUCCUGGAUGUAUUUUGAGAUAGAGCCAACAGGAUUUGCGUAUGGAUUGGAUAUGGUGUGUGAGAAAGAGAAGAAUUAAGAAUGACUCUAACUUAGGCUGAAGCAGGAGAAUUGCUUGAACCUGGGAAGGGGAGGUUGCAGUGAGCUGAGAUCGUGCCACUGCACUCCAGCCUGGGCAACAAGAGUGAAACUCCAUCUCAAAAAAAAAAGAAUGACUCCAACUUUUUGGCUAGAGAAACUGGGACUAUGGGGUUACUGUCAUCGGGAUGGGAAAACUGGCUGGAACAAUUUUGAGCAGCAGGUUAGGUCAGUUUAGCGCAUGUGAGGUUGUGGUGGGAGCUUGUUAUUGCAGCUUGUUUCUUUAUUUUUUAUUUAUUUAUUUAUUUAUUUAUUUUUUUAAGAGAGAGGGUCUCACUCUGUCACCCAGGCUGGAGUGCAGUGGUGCAAUCAUAGCUCACUGUAACCUCAAACCUCAAACUCCUAGGCUCAAGAGAUCCUCCUGCCUUUUUUUUAUCCCCAAGAAAACAAGGUCUUAUUCUGUUGCCAGGCUGGAGUACAGUGGCGCCGUCAUGGCUCACUGCAGCCUCAAUGUCCCAGGCUCAGGUGAUCUUCCCACCUCAGCCUCCUGAGUAGCUGGGACCACAGCAUCUCACCUAUAACCCCAGCACCACCAUGCCUGAAGUUAUUUUUGUAUUUUUUGUGGAGAUGGGGUUCUAUUAUAUUGCCUAGGUUGGUCUCGAACUCCUGACCUCAAGUGAUCCUCCUGCCUUGGCCUCCCAAAGUGCUGGGAUUACAGGCAUGAGCCACCACGCCCAGGCUUUUUAAAAAAUCAUUUGUUUCUAAGUGUUUCAUUAUUUUUUCUGCCUCAGUCUCUUGACUGAGUAGGACAACAGGUAUUUGCCACCACAUCUGGCUAAUGUUUAAAUUUUUUUGUAGAGAAAAAAAUUUUGCUCAGGCUGGCCUCUAACUCCUGGCCUUAAGCAAUCUUCCCACCUUGGCCUCCCAAAGUACUGGGAUUACAGGCAUGGGACACUGCAUCCAGCCUGAGUUUUAACAAAUGUAUGCACCCGUGUAGAUGCUACCACAGUGAAGAUAUAUUUCAGUCACCCCGCAAAGGUUUCCUUGUGCCCCUUUGCAGGAACCUGGGACUGACUGGACUGGGUGGUUCUGCCUCAGUGUCUCUCAUGAGGUUGCAGUCAAGCUUUUGCCUGGGGCUGUGCAGUCUCUGAAGACUUGACUAGAACUGAAGGAUCUGCCUGUUGGUAGGUGGCUUCACUUGCUAGUCAUGCCUCUUCAUAGAGAUAAAAAGAGUGAAGCCACCAUGCCUUUUAUUUAUUUAUUUAUUUUUUUGAGACGGAGUCUUGCUCUGUCAUCCAGGCUGGAGUGCAGUGGUAUAAUCUCAGCUCACUACAACCUCUGCCUGCCGGGUUCAGGCAAUUCUCCUUCCUCAGCCUCCCAAGUAGCUGGGAUUACAGGCACAUGCCACCACAUGUGGCUAAUUUUUGUAUUUUUAGUAGAGACGGGGUUUCACCGUGUUGGCCAGGCUGGUCUCAAACUCCUAACGUCAGGUGAUCUGCCCGCCUCAGCCUCCCAAAAUGCUGGGAUUACAGAUGUGAGCCACUGCGCCCGGCCCACCAUGCCUUUUAUGAUCCAUUCUUCAAGUCACUUUCAUACCUUUUAUGAUCUAUUAUUUGAGUCACUUGUUGCUUAGCCUGUUCAUUAGAAGCUGGUCACUAAGUCUAGCCCACAUUCAACAGGGAGGGAGGGAUUACACAGGGAUAUGAAUACCAGGAGGCUGGGAUCAUUGAGGCCGUCUUGGAGGCCAGCUAUAAUAAUACUCACUUAAAUUUAGUGAACUCAGAAAAAAUUAGAAUCCUAAUAGAGCGGAAACAAAAAGCUCUAUAUUGUCUAUUAUUUGAAAUACAGUUUUAUGAUUUAAGAAAAUGGGCUCAUAGAAAUCAGUCCUUUUAUUCCUUCUGUUGCUUAUGUGGCUGUAGAAUAUUUUCAAAUCAAGAGCUUCCAUAAGGAAGGUCUGUUAACGGGUGACUGAUUAUAAGUAUAUACCUUACAUAUGACCAAGUCAGAGCACAGAAUUUUUUUUUUUUUUUUUUUUUUUUUUUUGAGACGGAGUCUCGUUCUGUCGCCCAGGCUGGAGUGCAGUGGCGCAAUCUCGGCUCACUGCAAGCUCAGCUUCCCGGGUUCACGCCAUUCUCCUGCCUCAGCCUCUCUGAGUAGCUGGGACUACAGGCGCCCGCCACUACUCCUGGCUAAUUUUUUUUUGUAUUUUUAGUAGAGACGGGGUUUCACAGUUGUUUCACCGUGGUCUCGAUCUCCUGACCUCGUGAUCCGCCCGCCUCGGCCUCCCAAAGUGCUGGGAUUACAAGCAUGAGCUACUGCGCCUGGCUAGAGCACAGAAUUUUAUAAUCUAUCCUUCAAAUAUAUUUGAAACUUUUAUACCCAGGUACCUGGUGAGCUGUCUAUAUUGGCUCUUAAUAAGGAUCUUUCUCAGAAAUGAUUUAAAUUAAUACAGUAUAGUAGAAAGAGCUCUAGAUUUGAGUCUAGACAAUCAUAACUAUUUUCCUUAACAUGUAAAUGAGGAUCAGAAUGUCUGCCCUAUUCAUGUGCCUCAUGUGAGAAUUAAAUGUAGUACCAGAAUAUGUGAAAAUGCCUUUUAAAUUGUAAACCCCUAUCCACAGUUAGGCUAUUUGUUGGUUCUGUAGGGUGAGAUUAUAGCUAACUGAUUGAUAAGAGUGUUUGUGCUACAGCGUGCCUUAGGUAAGCUUCAUGUCAGGUAGUUGAACAAUGUUGGAACACUACAUCUUUCCCAGGUGUUACAUCCUGGUGUGUUGCACUGGCAGCCAAAAUGUUCUUAAUUCUUUAAACUAAUUUGGCUGUCAAAAGACAAGGGAAAAGCAACUAAUCAGAAUUUAAAUCAUUCUUAAGUUAAAAUUGUAUAGACCAGGCAACUCCAAUUCCUUUGAUCUUUCUUCUUAAGACUUAUUUCCAAUUACUUUUAUUUCAAAUAAAUGCAAGUGAUUAUGGUUGACCAUAAUUAUUAGUCUUGAGUGGUCAGAUUGAUGGUUUUUACAUGUAUUUGUGUCUCAUAAAGCUUCAUUGGGAUUUUGAAAUAAUGAUUGGAUGUACUUUGCGAUCCCAGUUUAUGACUUUAAAGAUAAGGGGUAUGAAAAUCAUUUCAUAAAAGGAAAAAAAUGAACUUUACAGUGCUACUGUUCAUUUUUUUCUGUGGAAAUUGUGUAUGCUAUCUAGUUUUUACCACGGUGACCUCAGAAAAAGAGAGGUUAAACUUUUUUAUGGUUGUUACAUUCUUGUUUAUAGCUUAUGAUUUUAAUUGAUAGUCAAAUACAUUCAUAUCAGACAUCGAGAAGUAUUUUUUAAGUAUAUGUCAUUAGAGUAGCUACUUUUAAAAAUUUUGAUAAGUUGUAUUUUUUUUCUUUCUGGACUUUAUACUUAAAAGUCUUAUAAUUUAUUUUUAUGAGCAUAAAAUAAAGCAAAAUCUAACAAGAUUGGAUUUAAUGAGUGAGGACAGAAUUUUAUUUUAAAUGGCCUUUUGUAAUAAAGGUCUAUGACUCUGUUUCUUCUGGAACCAUUUACGGACUUGCCUGCAGGAUCUUUGUCCCAAAAUAAAUAUUGUGUUUGUUUAUAUACCAUCCACAAUUUGGCAGAGUUUACAGGACUUCUUGAUGUUAGCUUUGAGAAAUCCCUAUUUAAGCUCAAGAAGUUCCUUUUCUAUAGAUAGCCCAGUCAUUUCAAAUAAAAGAUCUGUAUGGUAAAGCUUUGGAGUGUGAUUUUCUUCAAGAGAAAUUGAGACAACUUUACAAAUACCUUGUUACAUCUGGAUUUUAAGUAUUUCAGUUCAACCUAAAUAUGAAUUGACAGCACUUAGUUAUUGAGUUUAGUGUAUUGAAAUCUGGUUUUUAAAAAUAUGUUUUAGAUAUACUGUAAUUAAUAACUGAAUCAUAAAAUUUAGAACUGGUAGCUGCGAGCUUAGAUAUAUAUAUAUUUUUUUUUUACACCUUUGUAUCUGGAAAAGCAUUUGUAUUUUUAAAGAAAAGUUUUUAUUUUAGUUAUUUUUCAAUCUAAGAGAGGAAGUCGACUUUCUGAAAAAAUUAAAAUGUUUUGACUAGGUGGGGUGGCUCAUGCCUGUAAUCCCAGCACUUUGGGAGGCCGAGGCAG